UUUAGCCUUCUUAUCUCUUGGUUAAAAAGCGGAGAGAUUCCAAAAAUGGGUCUGAGCAAUACAAUUCCCGCACUUUUGCUUUCGAUUUUGAUCUUUGGGGGUUUGGGUUAUGCUCAGCUUACCUCUGAUUUUUACUCCACAACCUGCCCUAAUGUCACAGUCAUUGCUCGGGGAUUGAUCGAGCAAGCAAGCCGUAGCGACGUCAGACUCCCUGCUAAAGUCAUGCGCCUUCACUUUCACGAUUGUUUCGUGAACGGGUGCGAUGGUUCGGUACUAUUGGACGCUGCACCGGCGGAUGGAGUAGAGGGUGAAAAGGGAGUUUUACAAAACGCUAAUUCUCUAGACGGUUUCGAGGUGAUCGAUGAUAUUAAAACUGCUCUCGAGAACGUUUGCCCUGGAAUUGUUUCUUGUGCCGAUAUCCUUGCUAUCGCAGCUGAAAUUUCCGUCUCACUGGCGGGAGGACCGUCAUGGGACGUAUUGUUAGGAAGGAGAGAUGGUCGGACUGCAAAUAGUGCAGACGCGGCGGCUUCACUUCCACUCGCGGGUGACUCUCUUGACAUCCUUACCUCUAAGUUCUCGGUACAUGAUCUUGACACUACCGAUCUCGUCGCUUUGUCUGGUGCUCAUACCUUCGGGAGGGUGCAGUGUGUAGUGAUAACCAACCGUCUUUACAACUUUAGUGGUAACAACGGACAGUCAGACCCGAGUAUUGAACCGGAAUUCUUACAAACUUUGCGACGACAGUGCCCGCAGGGCGGAAGUGGCACCACCAGGGUCAAUCUUGAUUCUACGAGCCCUGACUCAUUUGAUAACGACUAUUUCAGGAACCUUCAAAACAACCGUGGAGUAAUGGAAUCAGACCAAAUCCUAUUUUCUUCGACAGGAGCGCCUACUGUAUCUUUGGUGAAUCGUUUCGCAGAGAACCAAAGUGAGUUCUUUAGAGAUUUUGCGAGAGGCAUGAUCAAGAUGGGAAAUGUAAGAACUCUCACAGGAACUGAAGGAGAGAUUCGUAGAGACUGCAGACGGAUCAACUAAUUGGAUUUGCAUAAAUGCAUCUUCAAGUGAUCAAAUUUUACGUGUUGUUAUACAUGAAAUAAGUGGUAUUAAUUUGUGCUUUUCCACAACCUUUUUCUUCAUUGGAUUCUGUUUUACUAUUAAGGCUAAGCAUCCCAUUGUUACUACUAUUGAAUAUAUUUUUUCUGAAUAGUUGUGAAAUCAUAAUUUCUUUUCUAAAGGGUUAAAUAGAACCUCUAAGUGGACCAAUAAUAUACAAAAAGGUAUGA